AUGGGAUAUUACAUUUCUGGAAGUGCUAACAUUACGUGUCAGGCGUCUGGGGAAUGGAACAGUUCAACUCCCCUUUGCACCAAAUACAACUGCGGAAAUCUAGAGAUUCCAGCUGACGGAAGCAUAUACAACUCAUCAGGAACGGAAUACGGGGCAACUGCAUAUUUUUCAUGUAGAGAUGGAUAUUAUCUGACUGGUAGUCCAAACGCUACGUGCAACACAACAGGCCAAUGGGAUAACCCCGAACCGAAUUGCACCAUAUACGACUGUUUUUCCUUGAACAACAUAACAAGUGGAUAUGUAGAUACUCCCGAUGGAACAACUUUUGGAGAAACAGCAACUUACGCAUGUUUUCCCGGAAAUGACCUCACCGGAAAUGCUACUACGCAGUGUCUUCAUGGAGGAGAAUGGAGCUCCAAACCACCGAUCUGUGUCGUUAAAGAUUGUGGGAAUGUUACUUUACCUGUUAACGGUUUUGUGGACGAUACGAACGGAUCAACCUUCGGCGAAAUCGUUAAAUACAGUUGUGCAACAGGGUACGAUCUGGCUGGAGACGCGGCUAGAAUAUGUGGAGCCGACGGGACCUGGAACUCGUCUGAUCCUAAGUGUGAAAUUCAUGAUUGCGGUAAUCCUGGAAACGUGGAUAAUGGGAAUGUGCAAGUCAAAAACGGCAGUACCUACCAGAGUUCUGCUUUGUACACUUGCAACAAUAGAUAUAUGAUUUCCGGCGACAAUGCGUACAGAAUGUGUACACCGACCGGCUGGGAAGAUCCGGCCCCUGAAUGUGUUAAGGAAGAAUGUGGUAUUCCCGAAAAUGCAUCAAACUCACAAGUAACCUUUACCGGUACUGGAUAUAAUGGCACUGCGACUUAUACUUGUCACUAUGGUUACACGUUAUCCACCAGCGAAAACAACCGCACUUGCUUGCUAAACGCAACAUGGAGUGGACCUCCGAUAAAUUGUUCUCUUGUUCACUGCUUCACACCCGAACAGAUACCUAACGGAAAUGUUUCUACACCUUCUGGGACAGCUUUCGGACAGAACGCAUCAUAUACUUGUAACGAAGGUUAUAAAUUAACUGGUGGUUCAACCAUCACAUGCAACGCAACAGGACAAUGGAAUGGUCCGGUACCGAAAUGCACAAUAUACGAUUGUGGUGAACGUAACUUAACAAAGGGCCUCGUAAACACAUCCACCGGAACACAGUAUGAGGCAACUGCUUACUUCUCCUGUAAUGAUGGAUACUAUCUGAUGGGUAGUCCAGACGCUACUUGCAACGCAACAGGCCAAUGGGACAGUCCUUUACCGAAUUGCACAAUAUACGAUUGCGGUGAACCUUACUUAACAGACGGUGUCGUUAACACAUCCAAUGGAACACAGUAUGAGGCAACUGCUUACUUCUCCUGUAAUGAUGGAUACUUCCUGACAGGUAGUCCAGACGCUACUUGUAACGCAACAGGCCAAUGGGACAGUCCUUUACCGAAUUGCACAAUACAUGAUUGUGGUGAACUUAACUUAACCAACGGUAACGUAAUUACAUCCACCGGAACACAGUUUGAGGCAACUGCUUACUUCUCCUGUAAUGAUGGAUACUUCCUGACAGGUAGUCCAGACGCUACUUGUAACGCAACAGGCCAAUGGGACAGUCCUUUACCGAAUUGCACAAUACAUGAUUGUGGUGAACUUAACUUAACCAACGGUAACGUAAUUACAUCCACCGGAACACAGUUUGAGGCAAUUGCUUCCUUCUCCUGUAGUAAUGGAUACUUCCUGACAGGUAGUCCAGAUGCUACUUGUAACGCAACAGGCCAAUGGGACAGUCCUUUACCGAAUUGCACAAUACAUGAUUGUGGUGAACUUAACUUAACCGACGGUAACGUAAUUACAUCCACCGGAACACAGUUUGAGGCAACUGCUUACUUCUCCUGUAGUAAUGGAUACUUCCUGACAGGUAGUCCAGAUGCUACUUGUAACGCAACAGGCCAAUGGGACAGUCCUUUACCGAAUUGCACAAUACAUGAUUGUGGUGAACUUAACUUAACCAACGGUAACGUAAUUACAUCCACCGGAACACAGUUUGCGGCAAUUGCUUCCUUCUCCUGUAGUAAUGGAUACUUCCUGACAGGUAGUCCAGAUGCUACUUGUAACGCAACAGGCCAAUGGGACAGUCCUUUACCGAAUUGCACAAUACAUGAUUGUGGUGAACUUAACUUAACCGACGGUAACGUAAUUACAUCCACCGGAACACAGUUUGAGGCAACUGCUUACUUCUCCUGUAGUAAUGGAUACUUCCUGACAGGUAGUCCAGAUGCUACUUGUAACGCAACAGGCCAAUGGGACAGUCCUUUACCGAAUUGCACAAUACAUGAUUGUGGUGAACUUAACUUAACCAACGGUAACGUAAUUACAUCCACCGGAACACAGUUUGAGGCAAUUGCUUCCUUCUCCUGUAGUAAUGGAUACUUCCUGACAGGUAGUCCAGAUGCUACUUGUAACGCAACAGGCCAAUGGGACAGUCCUUUACCGAAUUGCACAAUACAUGAUUGUGGUGAACUUAACUUAACCAACGGUAACGUAAUUACAUCCACCGGAACACAGUUUGAGGCAACUGCUUACUUCUCCUGUAGUAAUGGAUACAUCCUGACAGGUAGUCCAGAUGCUACUUGUAACGCAACAGGCCAAUGGGACAGUCCUUUACCGAAUUGCACAAUACAUGAUUGUGGUGAACUUAACUUAACCAACGGUAACGUAAUUACAUCCACCGGAACACAGUUUGAGGCAAUUGCUUCCUUCUCCUGUAGUAAUGGAUACUUCCUGACAGGUAGUCCAGAUGCUACUUGUAACGCAACAGGCCAAUGGGACAGUCCUUUACCGAAUUGCACAAUACAUGAUUGUGGUGAACUUAACUUAACCAACGGUAACGUAAUUACAUCCACCGGAACACAGUUUGAGGCAACUGCUUCCUUCUCCUGUAGUAAUGGAUACUUCCUGACAGGUAGUCCAGACGCUACUUGUAACGCAACAGGCCAAUGGGACAGUCUUUUACCGAAUUGCACAAUACAUGAUUGUGGUGAACUUAACUUAACCAACGGUAACGUAAUUACAUCCACCGGAACACAGUUUGAGGCAACUGCUUCCUUCUCCUGUAAUGAUGGAUACUUCCUGACAGGUAGUCCAGACGCUACUUGUAACGCAACAGGCCAAUGGGACAGUCCUUUACCGAAUUGCACAAUACAUGAUUGUGGUGAACUUAACUUAACCAACGGUAACGUAAUUACAUCCACCGGAACACAGUUUGAGGCAAUUGCUUCCUUCUCCUGUAGUAAUGGAUACUUUCUGACAGGUAGUCCAGAUGCUACUUGUAACGCAACAGGCCAAUGGGACAGUCCUUUACCGAAUUGCACAAUACAUGAUUGUGGUGAACUUAACUUAACCAACGGUAACGUAAUAACAUCCACCGGAACACAGUUUGAGGCAACUGCUUACUUCUCCUGUAAUGAUGGAUACUUCCUGACAGGUAGUCCAGACGCUACUUGUAACGCAACAGGCCAAUGGGACAGUCCUUUACCGAAUUGCACAAUACAUGAUUGUGGUGAACUUAACUUAACCAACGGUAACGUAAUUACAUCCACCGGAACACAGUUUGAGGCAAUUGCUUCCUUCUCCUGUAGUAAUGGAUACUUCCUGACAGGUAGUCCAGACGCUACUUGUAACGUAACAGGCCAAUGGGACAGUCCUUUACCGAAUUGCACAAUACAUGAUUGUGGUGAACUUAACUUAACCAACGGUAACGUAAUUACAUCCACCGGAACACAGUUUGAGGCAAUUGCUUCCUUCUCCUGUAGUAAUGGAUACUUCCUGACAGGUAGCCCAGAUGCUACUUGUAACGCAACAGGCCAAUGGGACAGUCCUUUACCGAAUUGCACAAUACAUGAUUGUGGUGAACUUAACUUAACCAACGGUAACGUGAUUACAUCCACCGGAACACAGUUUGAGGCAAUUGCUUCCUUCUCCUGUAGUAAUGGAUACUUCCUGACAGGUAGUCCAGAUUCUACUUGUAACGCAACAGGCCAAUGGGACAGUCCUUUACCGAAUUGCACAAUACAUGAUUGUGGUGAACUUAACUUAACCAACGGUAACGUAAUUACAUCCACCGGAACACAGUUUGAGGCAACUGCUUACUUCUCCUGUAGUAAUGGAUACUUCCUGACAGGUAGUCCAGAUGCUACUUGUAACGCAACAGGCCAAUGGGACAGUCCUUUACCGAAUUGCACAAUACAUGAUUGUGGUGAACUUAACUUAACCAACGGUAACGUAAUUACAUCCACCGGAACACAGUUUGAGGCAACUGCUUCCUUCUCCUGUAGUAAUGGAUACUUCCUGACAGGUAGUCCAGAUGCUACUUGUAACGCAACAGGCCAAUGGGACAGUCCUUUACCGAAUUGCACAAUACAUGAUUGUGGUGAACUUAACUUAACCAACGGUAACGUAAUUACAUCCACCGGAACACAGUUUGAGGCAACUGCUUACUUCUCCUGUAAUGAUGGAUACUUCCUGACAGGUAGUCCAGACGCUACUUGUAACACAACAGGCCAAUGGGACAGUCCUUUACCGAAUUGCACAAUACAUGAUUGUGGUGAACUUAACUUAACCAACGGUAACGUAAUUACAUCCACCGGAACACAGUUUGAGGCAACUGCUUACUUCUCCUGUAAUGAUGGAUACUUCCUGACAGGUAGUCCAGACGCUACUUGUAACGCAACAGGCCAAUGGGACAGUCCUUUACCGAAUUGCACAAUACAUGAUUGUGGUGAACUUAACUUAACCAACGGUAACGUAAUUACAUCCACCGGAACACAGUUUGAGGCAAUUGCUUCCUUCUCCUGUAGUAAUGGAUACUUCCUGACAGGUAGUCCAGAUGCUACUUGUAACGCAACAGGCCAAUGGGACAGUCCUUUACCGAAUUGCACAAUACAUGAUUGUGGUGAACUUAACUUAACCAACGGUAACGUAAUUACAUCCACCGGAACACAGUUUGAGGCAACUGCUUACUUCUCCUGUAAUGAUGGAUACUUCCUGACAGGUAGUCCAGACGCUACUUGUAACGCAACAGGCCAAUGGGACAGUCCUUUACCGAAUUGCACAAUACAUGAUUGUGGUGAACUUAACUUAACCAACGGUAACGUAAUUACAUCCACCGGAACACAGUUUGAGGCAAUUGCUUCCUUCUCCUGUAGUAAUGGAUACUUCCUGACAGUAAUGGAUACUUCCUGA